AAGUGUUAUGUUAAUGCGGACUGAGCAGGUAUGCUGGCUAAUUUGUUUAGUGUGUGCUUCCAUUUUUGGCCCUAACAAUCGUCGGCAUCAUUGCCUCAGCAGCAUAUCAGGUAUGGCACGACAGGCCCCGACAUGACUGACUGUGAAUUCCUGGGUGCUGCAGAGUGGUGUUGAGCGAGUUCUGCUGUAGUUUUGAGCUGUUUUCACCUCUUGUGCGCGCAAACGUGCGCUCACUUGGCCAUGCCGGCUCUGUGGCGCACAGGGCUGCUGUUCAGCUUCAUCACCUCCAGCUCCUGUCUGGGAAAGGAGUGCGUCUUUGGGUUAGUUGGACGUCCAGUUUCACUGUCCUGCAUAACUGAUGAAGCAAACGUGAAUGUUUCCAUUGAGUGGAACAGAGACGAUGAGAUGGUGUUGAGAUCACAAUGGGAUCAGAUGGAAGUUGUGAUGGUGUGGUAUGCUUUUUACACAAACAUGAGUACGACAUUGUCCACUGCCACUGGAAACCUCUCUCUGAAGUUGUCCACAGUUUAUCCCAAACAUGGCAAAACAUACAGGCUGUUCAUCACUGGGGAGGAUCAGGACAAUCCGCUGUGCACCAUGUGCUUCAGGAGAGCAGCCAGUUUCAGCUACCCGGUACUCCAAAGAGAGGACUCAGUAGAUGGGGAUGAGACUGUCUUCGUGUGUCAAUCCAGCGGUGGCUUCCCUGAACCUGAGGUGUCGUGGCUCAUCAACAAGACUGAGCAGCCGCCCAACAGCUCAGUGCAGACCCAGGUGGCACUGCUCCCUGACUCCUCACUCUACAACAUCACAAGCCAUCUGACCAUCAACAUUUCACAAGACACCAGUGUGUCGUGCAUCAUAGAAAACCAGCCCAUGAAUGAAACCUUAACAUCGACGAGCUAUGCCGUGCAGGUCAGCAAGGUGGUGAAUCGAGCAUCAGAGGCCAUGUGGAUCUUCAGCACGGCUCUGUGCGUGGUGGUGGGACUCAUGGUGCUGGCAGGUCUGGCCUAUCAGAUCUAUCUGGACAGAAUGGACAAGAAGCACUACCAGCCAGACAGAGGAUACAGGGGCACCACUGUGGACACGGAGGAGACCGUGGGGAUGAACUCGGAGCCAGUGCGCCCUGUUAUUGAGACUGAUGUGUGAAAAUGACUGCUGAUCAAUACUUAACAUCAGGUUUACAGCCUGAGAUAAUAGAGCACUGAUUUGUAAAUAUUUGUACUUUGUGGCUACUCUAUAUUCUAUAUAGGUGACUGUACUUUUAGAAACCAGCUCAAAAGGUACAGAAAACAGCAGGGAACAUAAAAUUGAAAGUUUAAUUUGUGCAUCCUCACUUGGUUUCAGGCCGGUAUUUUUCCAUUUCCUUGCACAACAUAGAAAUUACUCAUCUCUCUACUCCACUUCCUGAGACAUUCCUGUAUAAUCACUGGACCCUACUUU